AUGUUUGAAUUGGGAGAAGAGAAUAGAAAAGCGUCAAUACCAGAAGUUUAUCAUAUUAUGAAUGAAAUAAAACAUAGAUAUCAAUAUAAUAAUUCAAAUAGAGCAAUUGUGUUCAGAGAGACUUUUGAAUAUGUUAGAGAGUUAAAUCAGAUAGAAAAUUCCAAAGAUCUGGAGAAUCUGAAGAAACUUCUUAAGGAGGAGUUUUACUUGAAAGGAGAUGAUAUAUCUUCAUUGUUGUCAUUGUUUCCUUCUACUGUUGUUGAAGUUAGAGCUUUAAUUCCUACUCUUAAAUAUAUUGAUGAUGAAAUCAUUAAACAGUUUUUAAAUCAAAUGAAAAAAAUUAAAAAAUAA